AUGGGUUCCGAAAACACCAUCGCCCCGAUCCGCCUCGCCAUCCUCGAGGCCGACACGCCCGUGCCGGGCAUCCAGGCCAAGUACAAGUCCUACGGCGGCGUCUUCACCUACCUCUUCGAGCGCGCCUGCGCGGCCCUCGACCCGCCGCAGCCGCUGCAGUCGCAGCUCACCCUCUCGUUCCACGACAUCGUCAACGACCCCGCGGCGUACCCGGACCCGGAGACAAUCGACGCCGUGCUGAUCACGGGCUCGAAAUACAACGCCUUCGAGAUGGACGAGUGGAUCGUGCGCCUCGUGCAGUACACCAAGCGCUGUCUCGAGGGCGGCCGCGUCCGCGUCGUCGGCGUCUGCUUCGGGCACCAGAUCGUGGGGCGGGCGCUGGGCGCCGAGGUCGGGCGGAAUACGCGCGGGUGGGAGCUGAGUGUGGUUGACCACGAGCUCACUGAGGAGGGCAAGAAGCUGUUUGGCAUGGACAAGCUGUCGAUCCACCAAAUGCACCGCGACGCCGUCCUCACCUUCCCGCCGGGCGUCGCGCGCCUGGCCCAGACGGACAUCUGCCCCAACCAGGCCAUGUACGUGCCGCGGCGCAUGAUCACGGUGCAGGGCCACCCGGAGUUCACCGAGGACAUGGUGCGCGAGAUCCUCGAGAUGCGCAAGUACGGCGGCAUCAUCGGCGACGACAUCUUCCAGGACGGCAUGCGCCGCGUCGCCAACAAGCAGGACGGCGUUGCCGUCGCCAAGGUGUUUUUGAAGUUCAUGCGGGAAUGA